UUACUUCAAUAUAAUUUUCUACUUCUAUAUAAAUGGACAAAAUGAAUUACGACUACUACUACUGCUGCUGCUGUUGUAGUGAAGAAUAUUCACAUACGUCAUUUACAUUAUUACACCGUAUCAACAUCACAUCAUCAACGUCUCUUUUAGACACGUGAUUGUGUAAUUUCUAAUUCCCCCACCCCUUAUUCUUUUUCAACUCCACUACCUGAAAUGUUUUCGUGUUAACUAAAUUGUCCUUCCCUUCCCCCACUUCAGUGAUCGGACCAUCUGAAAAAAAUCUCUGCAAGUUCCUCGUCGGUGUCGGUGCAGGUUUUGGCAGUGAACAGCUGUACCCAAUCGUCCAAUUUUCGGCAAAAUUGGUUUAACGAUUUAUGUUUUUAGUUGUGUCUAAAAUAUAUAUCACACGCAAUUACCGACAACACUUUUAAGUCACUGUCAAUAAAGUUAUACACGAAUGGCACACACGCAUACCGCACAAACAUACAGACAUAUGUUGUAAAUGCAGAGUAUAACUAAAGGAGAUAACAUUACGAAUGUAAAAAACCAUCACGACCAGUGACCAUCUACAUCAACCGUAAAUACAAGACACCGAUAGACUUGGGUAUACCAACCGCAGCUGCUCACGGGAUUAGCAGCAACAACAACGAGACAACGUUUCUUCUUUUUGUCCCCAGGAUACAAAAGAGUAGUGGGAGAUAUAAAAGACACGAAACGUAGUGUAAUCAUUAUUGAUUAUGUUGUGCUAAUAUCAUAGUGGUUAGGGUUAGUUGCUAGAAAUACAUCGUGUAUAUUACUGUUGCCUUCCUAAACCCUCACUGAUAACUAAUAUAUUUAUAUAUACAAAUACUUUUACUCGUAAACACUUGCACGCACAGAAAGUCACAUCUACCCCUGCAUUAAUAUAAUACAAGUCACAGCUACGUAUUGGCAUUGUUCUCUUCCGGCCCCGCUAUUUUUUUUACCCUCGAGUGCUUUCAUAGUUACACGUUUGAGUAAUUUUUUUUAAAUAAAAAAACAAAGAAAAUGUAUUAUAAAAUGACAGACCUUUUAAAUUUGGCGUUGGCCAGUCCCAAGAUUGGAAUGAUAAACUGUUUUAUGUUACAUACUUUGCUACAUGCUAUGAUUAAACGAUUAGAUAUUGGUGACACAAGAGUUAAGAUUCCUGAGAGACCAGAUGAAAUUGCGAUGCCCUUUAAAAAAGACCCACUCUACAAGGAAAUAAAAACAGAAGAGGCAGAACCUGAGCCUUCACAUGGAAUCCUCACUGACAGUCAGAAACAGACAAAACCUGAGAUACCUGCUGAAACUGUUGAGACUAUGACAACUGAUCCUCCUAAACUAACCAGUAAAAAAUAUCCCUCAAGUCAAGUUGUGAGUGAAAAUCAAAAGCGAGUAAAAAUAAGUUCUACAACAGAACUUUCAGGUACAGCUCCAUCAAAACCGACAAUUUCAAUGCAUAGUCCAAAACAGGAAUUAGUGAAAGAUUUAGAUCAAAAAUCAAAUGAAACAGAAUUUAAGGUGCCUAAACCUUCUUCAAACCCAAAUAUAAGCAAUGUUUCUGAGGGUACCGUUGAUUAUCCACAAAGAUAUUAUUCAAUUAGCUCAAUAAAUGAGACGAUUACAGGUGGAAUUCCAUAUGUGGAAUCUCAAGUCAAUGAUCUCUUUACGAAACUAAAUUAUUUGCCCCCAGUGGAAAGCAUGGAUCAGCUUUUUGAACUCCUUGAAAAUCAUUCACAAAUAAGAAAAGAAGAAGACGAAAAAUACAUAAAUGCAAAGGCAGAUUACUUGAAAAAUAUUGGAGCAAUUUUGGAUAAAAUUGAAUUAAUGGAUAUGAGACUGAAAAAAUUUGAAGGUAUAACAUUUAUCUACAAUAUUGAAGAAAUAGUAAACAAAUUGCAUUCACUGGAUAUGAAGCUUGAAGAACUCCAAGAUGCAUCAUUGUUGAAGAAUAUUGGAGAUAUGAUGAAUAAAACAAUGAUGAUAUCUGACAGACAAGAAGGAGUACUGAGUAGACUGGGAAAAGCAGAAGAUGACAUUGGAAUCUUGGAAGAGUUCAUGAAGCAAGUUGAAGUUAUGGAAUCAGAAAAAAAGAAGGUAAUAGUCUUCCACAUAAGCACCAAUUUAGUAUUGUCUUUCAAUAGGACUACUCUGUAUGAACUCUAA